AUGCAUGGAAGAAGAGCAAAUCGAGCGCACGAAGAAGAACAAGCAAGGGUACAAAAGGUAAAGGAAUUAAUUCCUUUGGUUAAUAAUUUAAUUAAAAAAAAGAAAACGAAUAGUUAUGAUAAAGAAUAUAUUGACAGAACGUCGCUUAUAUUAAUGAAAUGUCCUUAUCUACAAACGUUGUGGAAUUAUAGAAGGGAAUAUUUUGAAUAUAUUAAACCAGAAUAUUUAAAAGGCAAGAAGGAAAUUGAAGAUGAGAAAUGUGAUAUGACGAAAACGUCGGAGGAAUUAAAAAAAAUAUUGAAAGAUGAAAAUAACAUGGUGGAAGAUAUAUUGAACACAUUUAAUAAGUGUAAUGAAUUAUGGUUUCAUAAAUUAUGGAUUAUAAAAUAUGGCUUAAAAGACAAUUUAAUAGAUAUGAAAGAUUUGUUAAAUGAAUUAGAAUAUUGUAAAAGGUCCUUUUAUAAGGAUGAUAGAAAUUAUCAUUGUUGGAAUUAUAGAUCUUAUAUAAUAUCUUGUAUUCAUAUUGUACAUACAAAAUUAAAUAAUAUGAAUAAAGAAAAUAAUGAAAAGGAAAAGAAAAUAAAUGAAACAAAUCAAACACAUCAAACACAUCAAACAAUUCAAUCAAAUCAAUCAAAUCAAUCAAAUCAAACAAUUCAAUCAAAUCAAUCAAAUCAAACAAUUCAAUCAAAUCAAUCAAAUCAAUCAAAUCAAUCAAAUCAAUCAAAUCAAUCAAAUCAAUCAAAUCAAUCAAAUGGAUGUUUUAAUUUUGAUGUAUAUGAAACUAAUUAUAAGUUAUCUAAAAUGUUAAUUGAAAAUAAUUUUUCAAAUUUUUCAGCAUGGUUUUUAAAAUAUUCCUUAAAAAAAUCCAUAAUAGAUACUAAUAAUGAAUUAAAUUUAAUAAAGAAUGCUAUUUUUACUGAUCCCUUUGAUCAAAGCUUAUGGGAAUUUUAUAAAUGGUUUCUUUUUCAAAAUGGAAAUGAUAAAGAAGAAAUUCUGUUCAUUCUUUUAAAUAAUAAUACUAUAUACCUAUUUUUUCAAAAUUUAAUUAACCUAAAUAUAACGAAAUGUAUAUGUUAUGAUAAUAACAAUAAGGAAAUAAAGGGUUCAUGGGAUAAACAUAUUAUAAAAAUAAAUAAUAGUAAUAAUAUUAAUGAUAGUAAUAAUAAGGAAUCUUUUGUAUUUUCAUUUACAUUGGAUAAAAAUGAUUUACUUUUAGGUAAUAUCCCAUAUAUUAAAUUUGUCUUAUAUUAUUAUAAAUAUAAUAUAUAUGUACCACACCAAAUACAUUAUGAACAAAAUAUAUUAAAAGAUAUAUACAGAUUAUAUAAUAAUUCUUCUAAAGAAAAUAACAAAUAUGAACAUUCUAUAAUUUACCAAAUUGAUAUAACAAAAAUUUCAAAAUGCCACCUUUUUAAUAUACUAUUAGAUAUCAAUCAAUAUAAUAGAAAAGGCAUGUACGAAUUCUCAAAUAAUAUAGAUGAUAAUAAUGACCAAAACAAAAUAUAUUAUAAUUUUUAUAAAUAUAUAAAUUCUUCAAAUAUUCUGUUAAAUAUAAGUACCAAUAUGGACUUACAUUUAUUAAAUUUAGAGCUUGAACAAAUUAAUGAAUUAUUGCUUUUAGAAAAUGACUGCAAAUUUGCUCUAUACACAAAGUUUGAAAUAUUGAAAAGGAUUGAACAUUUUGAAGAGGCAUUAAAAGUACUAGAUUAUUUGAAACAAGUUGAUUUUCUUAGAUUAGAAUAUUAUAAAGAUCAAGAAACUGAGAUUCUAAUAAAGAAACGUAUCCAUGAUUAUUACGAGACUUCUGAAAAGGGGAACAAUAAUGAAAUGCUGGAUUUAACUCACAUGAAUAUUAAGAGUAUUAUAUACCCCCUUAUGAUCGAAGCCUUCUUUAUAACAAAAAUUGAUUUAUCAAAUAAUUCCAUAUCGGAAGGGUACAGCGGUAAAGGGACAUUAAAUUUUUUGUAUAAUUUGAGGGAACUGUGUUUGAAUAAUAAUAAGUUGAAAAAUUUUAUUUUUCUUAUGAAAAAUUUAUAUAAUCUGAAAUUAUUGGAAAAACUUGAUGUAAGUAAUAACCAUUUAGUGGACAUGGAACAAGACUUGGAUCAGUAUGAAUUUGUAAUUUUACCUUCAUUAAAGUAUAUAAAUAUCAGUAACACAAACAUUGCUCUAUUAUUAAACGAAAAGUAUAAACACAAAAAUAUCCUGAACACCUAUAAUAUUAUUAGACAUAACAAUACUGUUGUGUUAUCAAAAUUAUAA